GCGACGUAGCUAAUUUAUGUGUUCCCCUUUACUGCAGCAGCAGUAGCAACAGCGAGUACAACGCGUCAGCUAGCUACUGCUACCGAGUGGGGGGACAGAGGAGGGAUCGGGGUGUUUUUUGUAAUAGGAAACAGAAUCCCGAUUCAGUCAACAGUCGAGUGAAGAAAACCCACAACUACUCGAAACCGAGCCGCUUUCCAUGAUUCGGAGUAAGGGACAGGCGGCGUCUGAACAAUGGUAUUUGGGCGCGGCUGUCUCCCAAUCCCUGCCUGACUGGUAACGGACCCUUCCGGAGGAGAGAGGAUCCUCGCCCCCCCCAUUUCCCCAUCGGACCCCCGAUUCCCAAAACGCUGUCCCCCAUGGAGGAGUAGGUGUAACCGUUUCCUUUGAAAGAUAUUGAAAAGAAUCAAACCCGGAGAGGAGGACGGUUUUGCAAGACGCUCGGGCGAGGACACGAUGUCGUCCAACCGCAGCCAGAACCCGCACGGUCUGAAGCAGAUUGGCCUGGACCAGAUCUGGGACGACCUGCGAGCGGGGAUCCAGCAGGUGUACACCCGCCAGAGCAUGGCCAAAUCCCGCUACAUGGAACUCUACACACAUGUAUAUAACUACUGCACCAGCGUGCACCAGUCCAACCAGGCCCGCGGGGGCGGCCUACCGCCCUCCAAACCCUCCAAGAAGACGCCCACGCCAGGGGGGGCACAGUUCGUGGGGCUGGAGCUCUAUAAGAGACUGAAGGAAUUCCUGAAGAACUACCUGACCACCCUUCUGAAGGAUGGGGAAGACUUGAUGGACGAGAGCGUGCUGAAGUUCUACACUCAGCAGUGGGAGGACUACAGGUUCUCCAGCAAGGUGCUGAACGGCAUCUGCGCCUACCUCAACCGCCACUGGGUCCGCCGCGAGUGCGACGAGGGCCGCAAGGGCAUCUACGAGAUCUACUCGCUGGCCUUGGUUACAUGGCGAGAGUGCUUGUUCAGACCGCUGAAUAAACAGGUGACGAAUGCGGUUCUGAAGCUGAUCGAGAAGGAGCGUAAUGGGGAGACUAUCAAUACCAGGCUGAUCAGCGGGGUGGUGCAGUCCUACGUUGAGCUGGGCUUGAACGAAGAUGACGCCUUCGCCAAGGGCCCCACACUGUCUGUGUAUAAGGAGUACUUUGAGACGCAGUUCCUGGCGGACACAGAGCGCUUCUACACCAGGGAGAGCACGGAGUUCCUGCAGCAGAACCCGGUCACAGAGUACAUGAAGAAGGCGGAAGCGCGGUUGCUGGAGGAGCAGCGCCGGGUGCAGGUGUACCUCCACGAGAGCACGCAGGACGAGCUGGCGCGCAAGUGCGAGCAGGUGCUGAUCGAGAAGCACCUGGAGAUCUUCCACACCGAGUUCCAGAACCUGCUGGACGCCGACAAGAACGAAGACCUGGGCCGCAUGUAUAACCUGGUGUCCCGGAUCACGGACGGUCUGGGUGAGCUGAAGAAGCUUCUGGAAACGCACAUCCACAAUCAGGGCCUGGCCGCCAUCGAGAAGUGCGGGGAGACGGCGCUGAACGAUCCCAAAAUGUACGUCCAGACUAUCUUGGACGUGCAUAAGAAGUACAACGCACUAGUGAUGUCAGCGUUCAACAACGAUGCAGGGUUCGUGGCUGCUCUGGACAAGGCCUGUGGACGCUUCAUCAACAACAACGCAGUGACCAGGAUGGCUCAGUCUUCCAGCAAGUCACCAGAGCUGCUGGCCAGAUACUGUGACUCGCUGCUGAAAAAGAGCUCAAAGAACCCGGAGGAGGCGGAGCUGGAGGACACUCUGAACCAAGUGAUGGUUGUCUUCAAGUACAUUGAAGACAAAGACGUGUUCCAGAAGUUCUACGCGAAGAUGCUGGCCAAGAGGCUGGUCCACCAGAACAGUGCCAGCGAUGAUGCGGAGGCCAGCAUGAUUUCCAAACUGAAGCAAGCCUGCGGGUUUGAGUAUACCUCCAAGCUGCAGCGCAUGUUCCAGGACAUUGGAGUCAGCAAAGACCUGAACGAACAAUUCAAGAAGCACCUCUCCAUCUCCGAGCCUCUGGACUUGGAUUUCAGCAUCCAGGUUCUGAGUUCUGGCUCCUGGCCUUUCCAGCAGUCCUGCACGUUCGCUUUACCGUCCGAGCUGGAGAGGAGUUACCAAAGAUUCACCGCCUUCUACGCCAGCAGACACAGCGGCCGCAAGCUGACCUGGCUCUACCACCUGUCCAAAGGGGAGCUGGUCACCAACUGCUUUAAAAACAGAUACACCCUGCAGGCGUCUACAUUCCAGAUGGCCAUCCUCCUGCAGUAUAACACAGAGGACCUGUACACAGUGCAGCAGCUGACCGACAGCACGCAGAUCAAAACGGACAUAUUGGUGCAGGUUUUGCAAAUCUUGUUAAAAUCCAAAUUACUGGUCCUGGAAGAUGAGAACGCAAAUGUAGAUGAGGUCGAGUUCAAGCCAGACACCUUGAUAAAGCUUUACCUGGGAUAUAAAAACAAAAAGCUGAGAGUCAACAUCAACGUGCCAAUGAAGACCGAGCAGAAACAGGAGCAGGAGACUACACACAAGAACAUUGAGGAGGACAGGAAACUACUGAUACAGGCCGCCAUCGUCAGAAUCAUGAAGAUGAGGAAAGUUCUCAAACACCAGCAGCUCCUGGCGGAGGUCCUGAACCAGCUUUCGUCUCGUUUUAAACCCAGGGUCCCCGUCAUCAAGAAAUGCAUCGACAUCCUGAUAGAAAAAGAGUACCUGGAGCGCGUCGAUGGGGAGAAGGAUACCUACAGCUACUUAGCAUAAUUUUUUUUUAAAGAUAUAUAUUUUAUUUUAUUUUUUUUUUUGUCGAUGUGUCUCGAGUUAAAAAAAAAAAAAAAACGUCAUUCCUUCCGACAUUCUACCGACAUCGUGAGGAACGCGAGCGAUGGGCCAGCAGGGGGUGGAGCCAGGACAGGACAGGACGCUACACGCUCGGUCUCCCGCGGCAACCCGGCAGCCGGGCGUCCCUCGCCCUCACCCCCCCCCUCCCCCGCACCGCUCGGGGUAGUUGGACUCUCUCUGACCUGUAAAUACAGACAUGGACCUCCACCCCAUAAGCCUAGCGAACGUCACAGAUGAAAAAGUCAACUCAAACCCCCCCCCCCCCCCCUCCCUCCCAGCAAUCAGGGGUUGCAUGCCUAUCUACUGCCUAUCUGCAUUUUAAGCCAACAGAAGUACCGAACUGUGAGCAGCCAAUGAAAGACUGCUUUUAACAGUUGCCUCAACUUAAGGAAACGCAUUUUAAAGUAAAGGAGGGGGUGAGGAAAAGUGACUCUAAUUUCUGAACGCGAUCAUUGCUGAGUAGAUGGGAGUUUGUGGACGGGCCCUUACACCUCUGUAAUCCGCAUCGUUACCCUGCUACCAGAAAACCAUUUGUAUAGUGUGGUUCAUUUUUUAAAUGUGUGUUAAAUAAAAAUGAAAGGUUUCUGUACAGCUCGGAA